CACAUCGCAAAAUCAUGGCGGCAGCAGCCUUCGACUAUGGCUUUACGCUCCCCAACGGAUCAAAAAUCAUCCACGGUGAAGGCGUGAUGGUAAAGGAUGCCUAUCCCCCAGAGCUGAACAUCCCAGGCCAACUCCAAGUGUUCAGUCCAGGAGGGAAGGCUGAUUCCCAAACGCCAUGUUUCUGUGGUCCGCACGGCAUCUUCUCCUUUGACGUCAACCUUAGGAUGCCACGACAUGUACACAUGUCUCCCAAAGCAUCAGGCCAUAGCAAUCGGUAUAUUGUGGAGAAAAUUCUAGUGAUGAAUGGUGUUGCACUCGCAGAGCUCAGCGGGGAGAUAUAUGUUGUUCCACCGAACACUAUGGUCCUCAUUGGCCCUGGUGUACCACAUACAUGGACAGCAUGCCCUCCAGGGCUGGACCUGCAGGAUCUCGGGAUCUCUGGGGAUGAGAAAAUUGUGUCGGAGGGGAAGUUUAUCGCGGUCUACGAGUAUGAGCAGCCGACGGGGUUUUUCCCGACGGCGCAGACCAAUGUGCUGAGGGAGGAGAGCGAGUACGUGAAUUGCGAUGACUUGCAUGGAAUUAAAAUUCCAGCUUUCACGCUUGAACAGCUUAAGGAAGACGCGUGGUUUGUUUGGGGGAGGGGCGUACGGAAGCUCAAUCGAUGAUCCCCCUUGGUGGCAGGACGAACAAGGCAGAGCAGGGUGAAGAGUACGAGUAG